AUGGCAGAAGCGCACCGCACCCUCUUGCUCCUGGUGGUCGCCAUGAGUUGCCUUGUGACAGUGUCACAAGCCCACCAAAAGAUCCACAUCGUCGGAGGCAGCUAUGGGUGGAAGAUCCCACCCAACAAGACAUUCUAUGAGGAAUGGGCUAAUAAACAGAGCUUCUUCGUGGGGGAUAAGCUCAGUUCUUUAAUAUCCAAGAAAACAAAAGGAAAAGAAAUGAAUGAUCAAUCACUAUUUCCUUUUGUUUUCUCUCUUCGUUCUGCGGGACUACAUGGAUUGGCAUUGGGGGUGGCAGUGUUCUUGUACACGACGGGGUUGCAAAACGUGAUAGAGGCGUCUGAGGAGGAGGAGUUCGCCUAUUGCAAGCAGACCAACGUGGAGGACGUGCAGUUCGUGGGACCCACCAUCGUGGAGCUGAUGAAGGUCGGUGUCCACUACUUCUACUGCAGCAUUGGCCUGCAUUGCGAGGGCGGUCAGAAGCUCCACGUCAACGUCACCGAUGAAGCCACCGCGUGA